GGAAAGUAUCUUGCUUUUAUCUGCUUGAGCUUUGGAAAAUCCAAUUAAGCUCUCAACCACACUCUACACUUAUCGAGAUCAUUAUUAGAUCGCUUCUUCCUAAGCAAAUCUAUAAGUUUAUCUCAUUACCACCGCACUUGUGACUCAACAUCACGACCUCGCGAAACAAACGAAACACAAAACUCUACUUACGACAGCUACAGCUACAACUGCAGCUGAGUUUUGAAAUAAUGUUCCAAGCACGGGAUGUCCCUGAGUUACGGUCGCAAUCUACCACUGCACCAAAUACUCCCGAACCUGAACCUGAAAUGAUGGUUGAUACCAUAGAGGUGAAUGGGGAUUUUGCUCGAUUGAUUCCUCAAAAUCGUUUGGCUCAGGAAGCUUUCAAUGAGGUUGUUUUGAAUAUGAAAGAUGUGAAUGCAGAUUUUAGUUCUCAUGCAGCCAAAUUCAUUCAUGUAGAUGGUCUCAGGUCAAAGGAACUAGUCAGCUUCAGCGAGUCAGAUUCUUCCAAUACAGGCACCAACACAGGUGUAUCCCUCUGGACUGGAUUUUAUCGUCUGAACCUGAAUCUGCUGCCUGGUAAACCUCUCCUCGGAUGGAUCAUCGGCACUGGGAGAGAUAUUCGACCCGCUGACUUUAUCAUUUGCAAACAAGGUGCGCAUCAUGUUCAUGGUAGACAUGCUCGUCUUACGUAUCAUGAGGUAUCUGGUGCUUUACUUAUCCAAUCUGACAAACGUCUCAUUAUUAUUGAUGGGAAAGACAAUAUCGUGAAUGACAAGAAAGCAUUGUUGGAUAAGAAGACCGGUAUUACAAUUGGUGAUCUCUCGUAUGUCUUUGAAUACACCAAUCUGAACAAACGUAUCUACUUUGACCAACUGAACCGUCUUCGACAACAACUCCACAACGCAUCAAAUUUGCCUUCAUUUCUUGACCCAACACCAAGUGCUAAGGACUUCGUGUUAAACGACUAUCUGAUCAAAGACGCUUUUGCUCAAGGUUCUACUUGUUCCGUCCACAUAGCAAUACAUCGCACUUUUGGAAAAUAUCUGGUAGCGAAGAAAGUUCAUCGAAACAAUAGGAACCAGCAACGUAUAAAAGCAGAGGUGGAGAUAUUGAAAUCUUUCGAACCUCAUCCCCGGAUUUGUCAACUGCAAGAAGUCAUUUAUCCUGGAAAAGAUCAAAGUGUUAAUCACGUCGAAGUUGUGGAUGAGGUUUACAUGAUGUUCUCCUCAGUUGCCGAGGAAAAUCUUGGGAACAUUAUUAAAUCAGGUACAACUUUACCGGAUCAGGUUCGAAUUACCAUUUUCCAGCAAUGCAUCUCCGGUGUGGUUUUCAUUCAUCAACAAGGAGUCAUGCAUCGCGAUCUCAAGCCAGCAAAUAUUGGGUUACUCUCGAUAGACCCACCAAAAGCUAUCCUCCUGGACUUCGGCGUCGCGACGCGUGAGUCGGAGUCGAACGAUCAUUAUGCGGGAACUAUCCCAUAUCUAGCACCGGAAAUAAUCGCUCUCAAGAAUGGUACUGCACGCCGAUUUUACAACAAGUCAGCAGAUAUCUGGAGUCUAGGUGUAACGGCUUUUCAAUUGAUAUAUGGAGAAUUGAGGAUCUGGACACAAAUUAACAAAAAGGUAUACGAACAAUUACAUUCAAGACUAACCAGCACACCCGGCGAUGACAAAAAAAUAGGGAAUUUUAAACAGCUAGCGGCUAAAAUGAUGAAAUGGGAAUCUGGGGACCGGAUUACGGCUAGUCAGGCAUUGAAAGACCAACUAUUUUUGACAGGAGAAGGAGAGAGGACUGAUAAGGCGUCAAUUGAUAUGGCAAGGAAACGUCGACAGGGAGAAGGUGAGCGAGUAGUGGAUGGGGACAGGGAAGAGACUGGUAACGCGAAACACAUUAGGUUCACUUAGCAAUCCCUGUGUUAGAUGCAGAUGGACUGAUUGGGUUUUCAUUGAUUGAUUUUCGGUUUUCGGUUUUCGAUUUCGAUUUCUCGAAUUGUUUAGUCAUAAUAUCUUUUAGUUUGAUACGGGAAAUUUUUUAGAAUGAAUGGAUUGGUAUUCUUAUAGAUAAGAUAAAUGAGGAAUUUUCAAUUUGUUUUCUAUUUAAGUAUAAUAGUGAAAUCA